GAGGAGGAGGAGGAGGAUGCACAUGCACGUAGCAGCGUUAGUAAAGCGCAGCAACUAAGCACGUCCGCAUUCUCCUCACUCAGGUGUCUGUAGAACCUCGCCGAGCCUCAGCACAUGGGAAAAGAGCUAUGCUUCUGAAAGGAAACAUUUAUCAGCUGAAAAUCGACAAGUAGCUUCAAGUGACUUGAACAGAACAUCAUGGGGGGAGUGGUGGUGGAUGAUGGACCCAGUGGCGUAAAGGCCCCAGAUGGAGGAUGGGGCUGGGCCGUGCUCUUUGGCUGCUUCGUCAUCACUGGAUUCUCCUACGCUUUUCCUAAAGCUGUCAGCGUCUUCUUUAAGGAGUUGAUCCGGGAGUUCGGCGUGGGCUACAGUGACACUGCCUGGAUCUCCUCUAUUCUGCUGGCAAUGCUCUAUGGCUCAGGUCCCUUGUGUAGUAUUUUAGUAAAUCGCUUCGGGUGUCGGCCUGUGAUGAUGGUGGGUGGUCUCUUUGCUUCUUUGGGGAUGAUCUUGGCAUCCUUCGCAAACAACAUUAUUCAGAUCUAUCUCUGCACUGGAGUAAUCACAGGUUUGGGUCUGGCCUUGAACUUCCAGCCUUCACUCAUCAUGCUGAAUAGAUACUUCAGUGAGAAAAGACCCUUGGCCAAUGGACUGGCUGCAGCUGGGAGUCCUGUAGCACUGUGCUGUUUAUCUCCCCUGGGCCAAAUUCUUCAGUACAAGUACGGCUGGCGUGGUGGUUUCCUCAUCCUGGGAGGCCUACUGCUUAACUGCUGUGCAUGUGGAGCCCUCAUGAGGCCAUUGAUGGCACCAAAGAAGAUUGAGGAAGACCAGGAUGCAGCAAAAGAAAUCGAGAAAAAGCCAAAACCAAAAUGCAAGUUGCUGGACUUAAGUGUCUUUAAAGACCGAGGGUUUGUCAUCUACACCAUUGCAGCAGCUAUUAUGGUGUUGGGUCUGUUUGUGCCUCCAGUGUUUGUCGUUAGCUAUGCAAAAGAGCUGGGCAAUGAAGACACCAAGUCUGCUCUUCUGCUCACCAUUCUUGGUUUUAUCGAUAUCUUUGCUAGGCCAACGUGUGGCAUUAUUGCUGGACUGAAGUGGGUGCGCCCGCGGUGUGUUUACUUCUUCAGCUUUGCUAUGAUCUUUAAUGGGACCACCGAUCUUAUAGGCUCCAUGGCAAAGGACUACACAGCACUUGUAAUUUUCUGUAUUUUCUUUGGUAUCUCCUAUGGAAUGGUGGGAGCCUUGCAGUUUGAGGUUUUAAUGUCUAUUGUGGGAACAGAGAAGUUCUCCAGUGCAAUCGGGCUGGUACUCCUGGUUGAGGCCGCUGCUGUGCUAGUGGGACCACCCGGUGCAGGUUUGCUCCUGGAUGCCACCAAGGUCUACAUGUAUGUUUUCCUGCUAGCAGGCUGUGAGGUGGUCCUCUCAGCUAUUGUACUUUGCAUCUGCAACAUGCUUUUUAUCAAGAAGACACCUCAGCAGCCUGAGCCAUCUGCCAGGAUGGAGAUGGCUAUGACCGAAACUGAGAUGGAGCAGCUCAACAAAGUUUCUCAAGAUGACCAAGAGAACCAUGGUGAAGGGAAUGAGUUAGAGCCUAAGUCAGGAGAACAGAGUACAAAGGUGGAAGAGCCGAAAGACACCACAGAGGACCCAGACAAGCCAGAAGCGGCAAGUCAAGAUGAAGGUCAGGUGGACUCUGUAGAGCUUGAGCUUUCUAAAGGAGCGACCAAAGCAAAUGGUGGGGUAGUAGAACCCGAAUCUUCUCUGUGAUGUCAGUACCGUGAUAGAAAUAGACUUCGACUGUUUUAAAGUCGUCAGAAAGAACUUUUGUGUUCACGUUUGAUGUUUUGAUGUGUGCUUUCUGUACUGCACUGAGAUAUCUCGUGGUUACAGGUACAUUGGUGGUUGAAUUUCAAUGGCAUUUAGAACACUUUAUCCGAUUACAUGACGGCAUGAAAAUAGAUUUUUAUGCACUCCAACAAAAACUAGGUACCACAAAUUUAAAGUAAGCUAUGUGUACAAGGAUAUGUAAGCAGGCAAACUAUUAUUAAAGUAUUGGAUUAAAAAUUACUCUCUUAAUGGUUAUUCUGUUAAACUUGCACUAGAGCGAAACAGCAACUCGGUCAUUAAGUACUCAGUAUCUAAGAAGGGAUUAGGUGGUUCAGCAGUACUAUUUAAAGGACUUGCCCAGAUUACUAAAUGUGCACCAGAGAGAUUAUUUGUAUUUUAGAUUAAUUACCAAACCAACAGCCAGUAACCGUUCAUAACCAUUAUUGUCAACAUACUUGAUCUCCAUUGCACACAAUGUUGGCUACUGUGUAACAGGUUCAUUGUCUAUCAAGCUUACGGUAAAGGAUUAUUUGUGGCAUAUGUCAGCAUACAUUAUGCAAAUUGUUGUUUGGGUAUAAAAUUAUCUGCUGCAAGUGACCGUCAAAUGCAUAACAAAUAAAUGUCCAUAUGUCUGUAUUGGAGACCCAUUGGUUCUACUUGGGGUGACUGUUUUUUUUGUUUUCAUUGUGUUACAAAAGUGAAGUUUUAAAAUGGGCUCCUAUGUAAAGUUUGUAUCAGUGUUUCCAAGUGACUGUGCAGUGCAACUUCAGUCAUCUACUGGUUGAAGCACAUUUUAGUAGGUCCACCCCCCCCCCCCCCCCCCCCAAGUCACACCAGAUUUUACUCACAUGCUCAUUAACAAGCCAUUUGUGAGCUAAAUUAGGUGUGUUCUAGCAAAAGCAAACAUUAGUACUGAAGUGGCAGGAAACAACUGAACAAAUACAAAGCAGUGGAGCUUGAAUUAAUUUUGGGAUUAAUAAGGAGGUGAAAUCACCAGUGACACUGCUGUCAUGUAAAGGUUAUAGCAUUACUGUUAGAAGCUGCGUUACAGUAUUUUUCAUUAUUUAUCACUGUUUUUUAGUUAUUGUUACUAGAUAUUGCUAUUGUUUAGUGACUUUUUAAAUUUAUAUUAUAAAAUAUAGAUUCUGAUGUUUUGUUUGGAGUAAAAACAAAAUGUCCAGCAGUUUAAGGAUCUACUAUUCAUGACUACCUAUCCAGCAUCUUGUUUUGUUCAGUAAUGAGACAUGUCUGAUGCAAGAUUCUUUUGUGAACCAGCCGAGUAUAUGUGGUGCUUUUAGUUGAUGAUUUUAAAAUACUUGAGAGUUGGCUGUGCCUUAAAUCUGGAAUGAAGUUACAGCAAACAUCAAGAGGAAUAUUUUAAAAAUGGUAGUCCUUACAUGUGUUUUUUUUUUUUUACUCGAUGCUGUGUAUGUGUCUAUAUUUCUGUAUGAUGCUGAAUAAAAUUCUUAACUGAAAGACAA